AUGCAAGUUCAAUAAAUGCUUAAUAUACAAAAAUUUCAAAAGAUGUGGAAUUAUUGUAGUUAGUUUUAUGAAUUUGGAAUACUCCAUCCUACUUUAAAUAUUCUGUUAGGAAUUGAAUUUAGUGCACUUGCUUCAACUCCAUCAAAAUUUAUCUAACUGCUAUUAUCAAAACAUUUCUAUUUAUCUUAAAAUUAUCUAACUCCUAAGCAGACAAAGGAAUUUGAAGAUGUACUUUCAAAAUGCGAUUAGUUUGAUCAAAGAAAUAUAGGGUAUAUUUUUAAAUAUAUAAAUUAAUAGGACAGUUAUAGGAAUGAUCUUGUUAGGAGCCAUAGGAUUUUUUGUAUUUGGAUUUGCUUUAGUAGGUGGUAUUGGAGGAGGUGUAUUAGGAGUAGUAGGAGGUCAUUAAGUAGGAAAGAGAAUAAAGAAGACUUUAUAAAAUAAAUAGGAUAUAAAAGAGAUAGAUAUUUAUGAUAUAAGAAUAAGAACUAUUUUAAAAUGGGCAUAAUUAUAGAAAAAGAAAUAUUGUUAUAAUAUUAAUCUAUAAAGAUUUGUAAUUGAUAAAAUCUUAACUGAAAUUAAGAUAGCUCUUCAUUUUAAGUAUUACUCAACAAUCAAUUAAACUUAACUUAAGAAAUUACUGAAAAAGACUUUUAUAUUCCUUAAUUAAGAUUUAUAUUUAUGUACAAUAGAAUUAAGUUUAUUAUUAUUAGAAGAAUAAUUAAAGAUUUUAAAGUAUUUUAGUUUAUAGGAUUAAAAUAUUUCUUUAAAUGAAGAGGAAAUCAAAUUGGUUAAUCAAUAAAUUCAUUAUAGAAAUUAACUAGAAAUCUCUGUUUUAAAAGGCAUAGAUAAUAUUAUAAAACCAGUAGUAACAUUAUUUCAAAAUUAACUUCCUGAACAUAAAUUACCUUUAAUAAUUAAAAAGUCAAGAUAGUUUAUUUAUUCAAAUGAGAUUGUUUAAUUGUCUAAAUAAUUCCCUGAUCCAUAAAUGAGUAUCUAUUAUAUAAAAAUGCUGAGUUCAUAAUUAAAUUAAAGUGUAAAUACAACAAGUCUAAAAUUAUAUGUUUAAUAAUAAAACUUUAGAAAUUUAGAGAAUGUUGGUUAAGAUAUUUAAUGUAUCAUGAAAAUAUAGAAUAUAUAAAAGGAAGAUGAAAUUUAAAUAAAUAUUGAACAAUUAUAAUUAGAAGUAUAAUAAUCAUUUAAUGAUAUCAUUUAAAAUAAUGAAUAAUAAGUAGAAUCAUAAUAAAUUAUAUUGCAAAAAUCUUAAGAUAUUAAAUUAAAAUUACAUUCUCACCCAAAUAAAAUCUAUUUUUCUAAAAUUGAUCCUAAAUGCAACUCUAAUUCAACUCCAUAUUAAUCUUAUGAAGAAAUUAUUCAUAAUUAAGAAAUAUAAAACUAAUUAUCUAAAUAUCCAUAACAUUAUUGUUAGUUAUCAAUUGAAAAAUUUGAAUUAUUUUUAAAAUUGAUACAUGAACCUACUGAUAAAUGGGAUUUAGCAAUAAAUACUAAAGAUGCAUAAAUAUACAAAACCUUAAAGGAAGGCUCUGAAAAUGUUUUUAUCAAAGGCUUUGGUAUUAUUAAAAAUGUAAAUAAUUAUUUAUUUAAUCUUAAUAGACUACUCUAGAUUUAACAUUAAAAGUAAUUCAUGAUAUCAAAUUGAGAAAAGAAUGGUAAUUAAUUAUAAAUAAUUAAAUAGGGAUUAAUUACUUAGAGAUUUCCAAAUUCUCAAAACUGAAUCUUAAGAUAUUGAUAUAUUGGCUUAUUAUGUACAACCUCCAAUUAGUCUAAUCACUCCAAGAGAAUGGGUAUAAAGGAGAAUUUUGAGAUAUGAUUUUCCAGAAAAAGGGUAGAUCACUUUAAUAUUUUAUUCUAUUGAUUAUCCUCAACAUCCAAUCAAUAGAAAUAGAAUUAGAGCACAUACAGAAAUAUCAUCUAUGAUAUUUGAGGUUUAUGAAUAAAACAAUGUAAAAAUCUCAAUUUGUUCUAAUAUUGAUAUUAAAGGAUAUAUUCCUAAAAUGAUUGUUAAUAAGGCAAGUACUAAUGGACCUGUAGAUUGGUUUAAGAGCUUAUAAAGAGCUUGUAAUAAAUAUAAAUGA